AGUCAUUAGACUCCCGAGGUGAACUUUGAGACCUACCAGACUGCAGCAGCGUAGCGCUGUUUUAUCACUGAUCAAAAGGCAACGUGGUGACACUCCUUUUAAUUAUCUCCUUCCCUCCGUGGUACUGGAGAAGACACUGUCUCUUAACAUGUCUCGCUUCACCACCAAGUGUGUCUAACAGGGAAUAUUUCUAUCUGGACAUUUAUUUUUAUUGAAAUAAAAGAAGAAGAGGUCAAGCAACGCGUUUUCAACGAUGAGGUCGGUGGUGGAAGUCUACGUGUUUCUCCUUUCUCUGCUGGCUCCUGGGGUUUUGUACACCAUGAAUAACAUCCCUGCGCUUCAGGAACCUCUUCCUAUCCUGGGAAUGGGAAUGGUCGUCCUAGGAUUUGUUUUUCUCCUCCUCCUCCUCACAGUGCAAAACAAGACGAAGGUGGACCCCUUAUUCUAUGUAUUUGCAGAGUUUUGCUUCACCUGCGUGGUGGGCCUGACUAAUGCUUUAGAGCAGGAUGGGUUCAUCUCUGGCUUCAUGGGCUUCUACCUAAAGAUGGGUGAGCCUCAUCUGAGCGCCGCCUAUGCCGUAAUGAUGUCUUACUGGGAAGGUGUUGUUCACUUUGUCCUCUUCCUUGCCAUCAUCCAUCGCAUGUUCAAAGGGAAGUCCUAUCGUAGCCUGGGGCUGCUGUGGGCGGGCUCCUCAAUUGCUCAUCAGAUUGUUCUCAUCCCAGGAGUGGUCAUUGGGAAAUAUGGGUCUAACAUUCAACCAGCCUUUUGGAGGAAUAUCCCCUUCUUUUUGGCACCUUUCUGGGCAGCGUCUUUGCUGUUCAGCAGACCUCGAGAGAUGCCGAUUGUUACAGCAGACAAGAUUUCAGCAGAGCAGAGGAAAAGUCUGCUGACUCGACCUGUUGACCUGCUUCUGUCACUUCUCUUACUGGCAGCAGUGGCCUUCUCUGUAUUCAGAGGCUUUGUGGUGCUGGACUGUCCUCUAGACACCUGUUUCACCUACACCUACCAGUACGAGCCCUACCUCAAAGACCCAGUUGGCUUUCCCAGGGUUAUGAUGCUGGUAUAUUUUUUCUAUGCUGUGCCCCUGCUAACUGUCUUCAUCUAUGGUCUUAAUACACCUGGAUGCAGCUGGAUGUUGGACUGGACCAUCUUCUUUGCUGGGGCCAUGGCUCAGACCCAGUGGUGCCAUAUCGGAGCAUCUCUGCACUCUCGCACUCCCUUCACGUACCGAGUCCCAGCAGACAAGUGGUGGCCUGUUAUCACCUUCAAUGUGCUGCUCGCUGCUACGCCGACUCUGCUGGCCCUGCGCUGCCACACCAACCCCACUUAUUUUAUGAAACCUGUUCCCAAAGGACAGACCAACAGCAAGAAGAAGAAAAACUAGACCACACACACACACACACACCAGCCACGGACUCGAGGAAUACUUCACACUGUGACAAGGCUAAUGUUUUCUGCGGACUCUUGGUGGCACACAAACUGCAUUAAACACACAAUUUUAAACCCAGAGGAAAUAAAAAUCGUUUCUCUCUGAGUCAACUGUUAAAAAUCAGUCACCUCGUGCCACAGCUGCUGCAGCAGCACUCCCUGCAUGAACUAUUGGACCCUGAUAAGAAGGCUGUUGAUCGAGGUCAGGACUGUGAUCAGCUUGCAUGCUUUCAGGUGACUCAUACAGAUACACUUUUUUCCUCCCAAACUAAGCCUAUUAACAUGGAUCAUAUGUAUCCACAGCAAACUGCUGGAGAGUGACAGUCACCGUCAUUAAUUUCUUAUAUAUAUUUCAAAAAUCAUACCAAAACUCCACACUUUAUUUUUACUGAUCUAAAAUUGACGAUCAGUGAAAACUCUCACAACUUUCAUUAUUUUAAAACUCUAAAUAUACAAAGUGUUUGCAGCAUUCAUGAAGGCUUGAGGUGGAACGACUAAGACUUGCUGAUAAAGGGGAUAAUAGCAGAUGUUACUCAGCCAGAGAAUUUGAUGAAGAAAAACACCAGGCCUUAAAUUGUAUAACAUAUUUGUAUGUUGUCACUGGGCCCACAAACAACUCUUAUUAACAGAUUUUAUGAAUAGACUAAUCAUUUGGUCUGUAAAAUCUGAGAGAACAAUGAAAGAUCCCAAGGUGACAUGUUCAGAUUGUGCUGUCAAACCAGUUCAAAAAUUCAGUUUGCAGUCAUAUAAAACUCUCACACUGGACAAGCUGAAACUUAAGUUCUAGAUUUGUGCACCUCUGUGGUUUUCCAUGUUUAAUGUUCCACUUUUUUUGUAUAAUAAAAACAAAUUGACCGCUGAA